AUGCAGUACUGGGCCAGGAGGCUGGAGCAGGAGAUUGAUGGAGUGAUGAGGAUAUUUGGUGGAGUCCAUCAGCUCAGAGGGAUCUACAAUGACAAUAGUAACCUGUUUGAAGUCAAGGAGAAUGUGCCCAGGAAAUUGGUGGAGAAGGUCGCAGGGGACAUUGAGAGCCUCUUGGCCAAGAAAGUCCGUGCUUUAAAGAGACUUGCCAACGCAGCRGAGAAAUUCCAGAAGGCUCAUCACUGGCAGGACAACAUCCGGGAGGAAGACAUUGAGUACUACGACUCCAAGGCUGACACUGAAUAUAUGAGUGCUGAGGAUCCUGAUGGAGAGGAGAUCGAGAGGGAGAAGUCCAACUCCUUGAAGCUGGAGUUCACUGAUGAUGACAACUUCAAGACCAAGGUUAACUAUUCCUACGCUGCYGUGCAGAUCCCCACGGACAUCUACAAAGGCUCCACCGUCAUCCUCAACGAGCUGAACUGGACACAGGCGCUGGAGGACGUGUUCAUCGAAAACCGCAAGGAGGAUCCCUCCCUGCUCUGGCAGGUGUUCGGCAGCGCCACCGGCGUCACCCGCUACUACCCCGCCACCCCAUGGAGAGCCCCCAAUAAGAUCGACCUGUACGACGUGCGCCGGCGGCCCUGGUACAUCCAAGGUGCCUCCUCCCCAAAGGACAUGGUCAUCAUUGUGGAUGUGAGUGGCAGUGUGAGCGGCCUCACCCUCAAGCUGAUGAAAACCUCGGUCUAUGAGAUGCUGGACACACUCUCAGACGAUGACUAUGUCAACGUGGCCUCGUUCAAUGAAAAGGCGAAGCCGGUGUCRUGCUUCAAGCACCUGGUGCAGGCCAACAUCCGGAACAAGAAGGUGUUCAAGGAGGACGUGCAGGGCAUGGUGGCCAAGGGCACCACUGACUACAAGGCUGGCUUUGAGUACGCCUUCGACCAGCUGCAGAACUCCAACAUCACACGUGCCAACUGCAACAAGAUGAUCAUGAUGUUCACGGAYGGCGGCGAGGACCGAGUGCAGGAUGUCUUUGAGAAGUACAACUGGCCCAACAAGACGGUGCGGGUCUUCACCUUCUCUGUGGGGCAGCACAACUACGACGUGACCCCGCUGCAGUGGAUGGCCUGUGCCAACAAAGGUUACUACUUUGAAAUCCCCUCCAUCGGCGCCAUCCGCAUCAACACGCAGGAGUACCUGGAUGUUCUGGGCAGACCCAUGGUUCUGGCUGGGAACCGAGCCAAGCAGGUUCAGUGGACCAAUGUCUACCAGGAUGCCCUGGGGCUGGGCCUGGUGGUGACAGGGACGCUGCCYGUGUUCAACCUGACAGAGGACAGCAGUGACAGGAAGAACCAGCUCAUCCUGGGCGUGAUGGGGAUCGAUGUGGCUCUCAACGACAUCAAGAGGCUGACACCGCGUUACAACCUGGGGGCCAACGGCUACGUCUUCGCCAUCGACCUCAACGGCUACGUGCUGCUGCACCCCAACCUGCAGCCCCAGAUCAUCAAUUUCCGUGAGCCGGUGACGCUGGACUUCCUGGAUGCUGAGCUGGAGGAUGAAAACAAGGAGGAGAUCCGGAGAAGCAUGAUUGAUGGCAAUGACGGGCAGAGGUUCAUCAAGACCCUCAUCAAAUCCCUGGACGAGCAAUACAUCGACGAGGUGUUCCGGACAUACACGUGGGCUCCCAUCAAAAGCACCAACUACAGCCUGGGGCUGGUUCUGCCCCCCUACAGUACCUACUACAUCCAGGCCAACCUCAGCGACCAGAUCCUGCAAGUGAAGUAUUUUGAAUCCCUGCUGCCCAACAGCUUUGAGUCGGAGGGACAUGUGUUCAUUGCUCCCAGAGAGUAUUGCAAAGACCUCGACUUAUCGGAUAACAACACCGAAUUCCUGGAAAACUUUAUUGCCCUCAUGGAAAAGGUGACCCCAGACUCCAAGCAGUGCGACAACUUCCUCCUGCACAACCUGAUCCUGGACACSGGCAUCACGCAGCAGCUGGUGGACAAGGUCUGGAAGGACCAGGAUCUMAACACGUACAGCCUCUUGGCUGUCUUCGCAGCCACCGAUGGCGGCAUCACCCGUGUCUUCCCCAACAAGGCUGCGGAUGACUGGGAGGAGGAACCGGAGCCYUUCAACGCCAGCUUCUACCGGAGGAGCCUGGACAACAAGGGCUACAUCUUCAAGCCACCCUACCGGGAUGCCGGCUACCGGGGGCUGGACCUGGAGAACAACACCAUCGGGAUCCUGGUGAGCACUGCCGUGGAGCUCAGCAUCGAGGGCAAGACCCUGAAACCUGCAGUGGUSGGGGUGAAGCUGGACCUGGAGGCCUGGGCUGAGAAGUUCAAAGUGCUGGCGAGCAACCGGACGGACCGUGACCAGCUGGGCACCCGCCGAUGUGACCCCUCAAGCAGCUGUGAGAUGGACUGUGAGGCCAACAACAAGGACCUCAUCUGUGUCCUGAUCGAUGAUGGGGGCUUCCUGGUGCUCUCCAACCAGGAGGAUCACUGGUACCAGGUGGGCAAGUUCUUCAGCGAGGUGGAUGCCAACCUGAUGUCCGCCCUCUACAACAACUCCUUCUACACCCGCAAGGAGUCCUAUGACUUCCAGUCUGUCUGUGCCCCUGAGGCCCCCAGCAACACGGGCGCUGCGCCCCGCGGUGUCUUUGUGCCCACUGUGGCCGAUCUCCUGAGCCUUGCCUGGUGGACCUCAGCYGCAGCCUGGUCCCUGUUCCAGCAGUUCCUGUACGGCCUCACCUACAGCAGCUGGUUCCAGACGGAGGAGGUGGCAGCAGAUGGCAUGGAGGCCAGGGAGACAAGCUGCAUCAUGAAGCAGACCCAGUACUACUUCAGCACCGUCAAUGCCACCUACAACGCCAUCAUCGACUGCGGCAACUGCUCCAGGCUCUUCCAUGCACAGAGAUUGGCCAACACCAACCUGCUCUUCGUGGUGGCUGACAAGCCCAUCUGCAGUCAGUGUGAGUCUGUCAAGCUGCUGCAGGCAGAGGUAAGAGCCCCCCCGAGGGACCCCAACCAGUGUGAGCUGGUGGACCGGCCCCGCUACCGGAAAGGCCCCCACAUCUGCUUCGACUACAAUGCAACAGAAGAUACCUCAGACUGCGGCCGAGGGGCUUCCUUCUCCCCCUCCCUGGGGGUCCUGCUCUCCCUGCAGCUGCUGCUCCUCUACUCCAGCACCAGCCGGCACCCACUGCCCCCGGCCGCCUGCCUUUAGCCCCCUGGCCGCCCCCGCCAGCUCUCUUUUCUUUCAACUUCCAUCUCCAUUCCCCUCCCCGGCCCGGUGGAGCGGCAGCCACGUCCCCCCACGGUGCCGCCCCGCUCUCCCCACCGGCCGCAGCCAAAGAAGAGUCGGGGUGCGGGGAGGGGCUCUCCGGCACAGCGGGGACCGGGACGGUGCCCCGGCAUCGCGCCCUCCCGGCCGCUCGGACUUGGAAAAGUGGCGUCCGUGUCCUCCGCCCGCGACCCCCCCAUCCACCUCGCCUAUUUUUUUAGCCUGAAGAUUUUAAAGCAGAUCUUUCUACAUCGAGUUUCCAACAUUUUCACCUGGAGACCGGCGGGGUUUCUUGUCAGCAAAGAGGACAC